UUUCACUUUCGAAAGAUUCAUGACUGGGAUGAUCAAACUUGUCUCUGUUGUCAACUUAGGAAAGAGAGGCAAUUGCAAAACAAAAGGAGAAAAUUUAUUUGUGGUCUUAGAAUUGCAAUUUGGGGCACACAGGUUCUGGCAGCAGCCAGAAAAGUGUCCUCUUGAGGAAUAACAGUCAGGAGUUUUUAUUAGCAAAAACGAGAGCCUGGAACAGAUACCUCAGUUGUUUGUUAGGGAGGGUAAAUUUAUGUUACAGUUCACUGGCUUACUCAAGGACAUCUUGUUGACACCAGAAAAAGUGUAUUUUUGCACAAUCCUUCAGAAAAUCCUUUCUCAGCACUAACUCCCUUUUGGCAAGUCAGCAAGGUCAGCACAAUUUCAUAUUUUUAACAAGAUGGAGUCCAGGGUACAAAAUGGAGUCGAUGUUGUCAACUUGUUUCACUGUCUCUAAGUGGGGUGCACUUGUAUUUGUAGGCCUAGAAGUGGCACGUGGCAGCCCACGUAGGACUCGCAAUGGGUUCAGAGGUGUUAGAGCCAUGGUCUAGGAAAUCAGAUUUCCUCUAGGUCAAGGCUAGCUCAUACCCUUUCUUAUAGGUGGAAAGCUUCAGGUGACUUUGCCCCCAGAGGGCAGGGGGUCCCCUCUGGCCCUGGCACAGAAACAAGUCCAGGCUGGUUCUGAGAACUGUGUCUAGUCAAAUUCAUCCUGAGAGGUGCUUUAAAAUCAGAGCCCUGAAUUCACAGCCAUGAUCCAGAGAAAGGUGUUCAGAGCUCAAACCCAGCUGCUUGACAUGGCACCUGGCUCCUGGGAACCUACCUGUUGUGGAAGUCUGACCAAAGUUAGGCUUGCGGUGCCCUUUGACACUUCCCCCACCCACGUCAGAGAGCUCUGACUCCACACAGGGCCAAGUAGCCAGGUCUAGACAGUAUUAAGGGUAGUGUGUCAGCGCUUCUAACUAUUCUUCUAGGAUUAGGCUGAAGGUAGGGCACUGGUUUUCAACUGGGAUGACCAACUGUCCUGGUUUGUCUGGGACUGAGGGUUUACCUGGGGCAUGGGACUUUUAGUUUUAAAACUAGGAAAGUCUUGGGCAAACUGGGAUGGGUUGGUCACCCUAUUCUUAACCCUGGCUGCACAUUAGACUCACAUGAGGAGACUCUCUUUCAGAGAUUCUAAUUUAAUUGACCCAGAUAGAAUCCCAGAUAGGAGUAUUUUUUUAAAGGUCCCAAGGGGAGUCUAACAAACUACCAGAGUUGAGAACCACUAGGUUAUAGGCAACAUUGUUAGAUAACCAUGGAAGGUGGUUAUUUUUUGAGCAGAAGUAGACCCAAACAUCUCUCAAAAAGGUAUAUGACCAAGUGUGACGGUCCACUCAUUAUUAAGAGGGAUAUCAAAAUGGUGGUUGCCUAUUAUUGCUAUUAUCUUUCCCCACACCAGGCCUUCUUUCUCACCAGUAAGGACCAAGAUUUCUCCUUUCUGGCUUGCUCUGGUAGCCCCUCUCCCAAGGUAAUAGGCCUCCAGGAUCAUGUGGUACAUCAGCACUCGGGGGAUGACCCCACGAGUUGACUUUGAGGGGGCCCUGUUCUCUGGCUAUGCACCCAAUGGGGGCCUCUUCAUGCCUGAGGAACUCCCGCAGCUGGGCAGAGAGACCCUGCGUCAGUGGAGUGUGCUCUCCUACCCUAGCCUGGUGAAGGAGCUGUGUGCCCUCUUCAUUGGCCCUGAGCUCAUUCCAAGAGAUGACUUAAAUGAUCUGAUUGACCGAGCCUUCAGCAGAUUCUGCCACAGAGAGGUGGUCCAUCUGUCCAGGUUGAGGAAAGGGCUGAACGUGUUGGAGCUGUGGCAUGGGGUCACGUAUGCAUUUAAGGACCUGUCCCUGAGCUGCACAGCACAGUUCCUGCAGUACUUCCUGGAGAAGAAGGAGAAACAUGUCACCGUGGUUGUAGGAACAUCUGGGGACACAGGGAGUGCUGCCAUUGAGAGUGUUCAAGGGGCAAAGAACGUGGACAUCAUCGUUCUGCUGCCCAAGGGUCGCUGCACGAAGAUUCAGGAGCUGCAGAUGACAACAGUGCUAAAGGAGAACGUCCAUGUGUUUGGAGUGGAGGGAAACAGCGAUGAGCUUGACGAACCCAUCAAGGCCGUGUUUGCUGACGUGGCUUUUGUCAAGAAGCACAAUCUGAUGAGUCUGAAUUCAAUCAACUGGUCCCGGGUCCUCGUGCAAAUGGCCCACCACUUCUUUGCUUACUUCCAGUGUGCACCAUCCUUAGACACGCACCCACUGCCCGCCGUGGAGGUGGUUGUGCCCACGGGGGCCGCUGGUAACCUUGCAGCUGGGUGCAUUGCUCAGAAAAUGGGCCUGCCCAUCCGCCUGGUCGUGGCAGUGAACCGCAAUGACAUCAUCCACAGGACUGUCCAGUGGGGAGACUUCUCUCUGUCCAAGGCCGUCAAGCCAACCUUGGCAUCAGCUAUGGACAUUCAGGUGCCCUACAACAUGGAGAGGAUCUUCUGGCUGCUAUCCGGCUCUGACAGCCAGAUGACAAGGGCCCUCAUGGAGCAGUUUGAAAGGACCCAAAGUGUGAGUCUACCCAAGGAACUGCACAGCAAGCUUUCAGAGGCAGUCACAUCUGAGUCAGUGUCGGAUGAGGCCAUCACCCAGACCAUGGGCCGCUGCUGGGAAGAGAACCAGUACUUGCUGUGCCCUCACUCGGCCGUGGCCGUGAGCUACCAUUACCAGCAGACUGACAGGCAGCAGCCCAGCCCUCCUCGGUGUUGUCUGGCCCCCGCCUCUGCAGCCAAGUUCCCAGAAGCUGUCCUGGCUGCCGGGCUGAUCCUGGAGACUCCCUCAGAGAUCCUAGCCCUAGAGCAGAAGGAGACACGUUGCACCCCAAUGCGGAGGGGUGACGACUGGACGCUGAUGCUUCGGGACACAAUUGAGGACCUAAGCCAGCAGUGGAGGGGUCCCUUCCUGAAUGCCCGGGAAUAGCCAGGCUGGAGUUGGCUUCUUUUAGGCUUCAGAUCCCAGGGAGGCGUGCCCUUGGAACGGCCCUGUAUACCUUCUCCCCAUUAAGAAUUGGUGUAGGACAUUCUCAGGAGGCUGCUCAGUGGGGUCUGGAGCCAGCUGGUUUUGCUCCGCUCCAUGGCUGCUCUGUGCAUUCACUGCGGCGAUGUUGUGCCUGGUCACCGGUGAUGCCGGGUGGGGGUGUGGAUGAAUGCUGGAGGUGCGCCCCCACCGCUGCGCAGUGCAGGAGCAUCACUGCUGCAUCUGAGAGUUUCAGGGACUGCAAAUGAAGAGCCUUGGGCACAGAGUCGACCUCAGACCCUGAACUUGUGCUGGUGGGGCCACUCACUCCAUUAACGCAGGCCUAGGGCUCAUGGUCUCUGAGCCUUGGUUUAUCUGGUCCCCAAGCCAGAUCCAGAAGUCUUGGCCUGCCUUGUCAGAGGCUUCCGCUCUGUUAAAAUGUUGUGAAUCCCUGCAAUAAAAGUGCAUGUUCAGUGUGA